GUGACGCGGGUUCUAGCGCUAGGAAGCCCCGGGAGUGGCGCGCCAAAUUUCAAAGGACUUCCUCCUGGAAGCAGAGGCUGCGGACGGACCACGGCCACGGAAAAACCCGCAGAGACCGUCAAACACGCAGAUCCGGAGCUUAAACCCGCAGCACGACGCGUGGACGGCGUGAGAGCGGCUCCGGGUCCGGAUCCGGGACUGGAUCUCUGCAGCUGCUGUAAGUGUCAGAUCCGACUCUGAACCAACAGCUAGCUGUUCCUGUGGCACGAGCUACACGCAUCAUGCGCACGCGGGUCAGCGCAGAUUGAAGCACGAGCACGGACUGCACGAGCACGUGUGCAGAUGUGCGUGAAAUAUAGACAAGAUCAGACGGUUCAACCGUGUCAGGCUCUCCACCUGUGUGAGGCGGCUGGUGUCAGGAGCCUGGGAUUUUAAUCUCACACACACACACACACACACACACACACACACACACACACAGAUGACAGCUGUUCAGGCCUGGAAAUAUUAAAAGUCAGAGCUGUAAAAGUCACGGCUGUCACAGCUUUGCUCUUUAUGAUUUUAACGUUUACGGUAACACACGCUUUUAUUGUGAAAUCUGUUUGAGUUUGAGCUCAUAUGCUCCAUACCUUCAUUAUUUAUUCAUGCAUUCACACCAGGACACAAGUCAUCAUCUUUCCGUAUUAAAUCAGACACCUGUGGCUCGGAGCUGCUGCACCUGUCUGUAACCUCCACGCUCGCUGCUGCCUUCAGUCUUUCAUCUUGCUCCAGCUUUAUGUUGGCGGUCGGCACUCUGUGGUCAGAUGCCUUCAGUUUAACUUCCGUCCACUAGUAACCAGUUGUAUCUCACGAUGGAUCGCAGCCUCCUCUAACUCAGGGCCGCUCACAGACAAAGUGCGGCCUCUGGGUGGGCCAGGUGGACAAUCGGACCCUUCAGUCAUGCUGUCUGGGGUGCAGCCAUGCUUCCAGCUGCUUCGGAUCGGAUCCUCGGCCGGCGACUCGGUGCGGGACCUGUACACGUUCAGGCCGACGCUGAGCCACUCCGUGUUCCGUCUGGGCCGGGCGGCCGAGCUUUGUGACGUCACGCUGGACUCGACAUCUGUGUCGAGAAUCCACGCCGAGCUGCACGCGGAGAAGGAGGCGAGCGGAGGUGACGCGGCGCCGCAGGAGGACGGCUGCAGGGUCCACAUCAAGGACAGGAGCAGUCAUGGCACCUGGGUCAAUGAAGUCCGCCUGCAGCGUGGCGUCCAGUGGGAGCUCUCUGACGGCGACACGCUGACCUUCGGGGGUCAGUCGGCUCCGGGGAGCCCAGAGUUCUACUUCCUCUUCCAGAAGGUCAAAGUUCGCCCGCUGGACUUUGACGCUAUCACAAUUCCAAAGGCGGGCUCUUUCUCCUCAGACUUACAGAACCGGAUCAGAACUAAUCUGGACCGCAAAGUGGCCGCCAACCUGGACCUGUCCAAGCUGUCCAUCAACCGGGCCACCGUCAUCCUCAACUCCAUCGGCAGCCUGAGUAAGAUGAAGGGCAGCGCCUGGACCUUUAAGAGGAGCCACAGCCACGAGGGAACCGUCUCGGACCCGGGCUCCUCCUCCUCGCCUCCUCUGGCUGUGGGCUUCUCCUCCCUCCUCCCUCCCUCCACCCCUCCGUCGUUGUCCUCCGCAGCUUCGGUGCCUUCGACAAAGUCCCUCCAGUCGACCUCCAGGAGCAGGAGGAAGUCGGCUCACACGGUGCUCCUCGAGGACGACAGUUCAGACGAACCGAGAAGUCGAGGAGGCGGCGGCGGCGGAGGAGGAGGAGGAGGAGGUGCAGGAGGAGCUCCAGCAGGAGUCGUGGAGGAUGGACCGAGGGCGAGGCCGAAGAAGAGGCGGCGGCUCUACAAGUCUGAGUCUGAGAGUUUCAGCUCCCCGCCUCCUCUGCCGCUGCAGCCCAAGAGCCACAACGAUGUGCGAAGGCCUCUGCAGGCCAAGCCCUUCCCCGUUGGCAUCAGGACCAUUGGCAGUUUCCACGGCGCCAUGACCAACAGCAGACUCAACCACCACCUCCUUCAGGCGUCGUUCACCAACCCAGCCGUCAGCAAGCAAGAAGUGCAGACGGUGCACCGGGUCCAGACGGUGGUGCACGGCAACAUCGCAGCUUUCCGACAGCAGAAACCCGGCCACAGUUCUCCGACUGCGCAGAGGGGCAGGCGGAGGGCGCACAGCUCUCCGGUUUUCUCCCCUCUGGUGGUCGGAGGGGAGAGCUACAGCCUGGCUUCACCCUCAGUGAGGAUCCGCACGGAGGAGAGAGGAGGCAGGGUGCAGUUCAACAGAUUUCACCACUCAGCAAGCAAGCGGCGAGGUCGCCCCAGGAAACACCCCCCCCCUCCCCGGCCGUCCCUGCCCUCUCCAUCCUCCUCGUCUUCUUCUUCUACCUCCUCGGCCUCGUCCUCGUCCGGCUCCUCUUCGUCCUCCUCCGACGAUGAGGACGACGACGACGAGGAAGACGGAGAGGCGGCCGUCGGGACGGUGGAUUCGUGCGCGGCGCCGCGCUGUCGGAUGCCCCAGCAGGACACGGUGCAGUGGAUCCAGUGCGACGUUUGCGACGCCUGGUACCACAUAGACUGUCUGCACAUCGACCGCAAGAAGCUCCUCAAGGACCCCAACGCUGACUUCCACUGCGGGUGUCGCUGAUAGGAGAGAAGCCGAGUGUGUGACGGUGAAAUGACUUUCAAAUUAUCACGUUCUUUCCCUUAAACGUUUGUUUCCUCAGCCACGCUCGUGAAGAUCAACAGACUUUUCAUUAAAGACUUCUUCUCUUGGCCGCUGAGCUGCUCUCCUCAAGCAUGCAGUGCUUUUUUUUUUCUUACCUCAGCAGCAGCAGCAGCUGGCGAGGGCGGUAAAAGAGUUUCUGUCAACUUUUACACCCCGACCUUCCCAAGUUUGAGGAUUUGUGACCCGGCAGUCACACGGCUCCGGCCCGACUCCGUUUCAGGGCUCAGCCUUUAAAGGAGGAGGAGGCGAAACCAAAAUGAAAUGUCUCGGGCCUGGAGAGGAGCCAUGAGGGCAGGAAAACAUGAUGAAAUGUUUCUGAGCACGCACCCACCGUGGGCGGCCGUUGACCAGGAGGCAGCAUUCAGGAAGAUUAAUGAAAUGUUUCAGAUCAAGUCCAUACAGGGCGAUUACACUUUCCUCAGAUGUCUAAGUGCAGCCACCGUGUCAAUUUUUCAAGGCAGAGCAGGUCCUUCAGUGAACGUUUACUGGUGCUGUUCCAACUCCACCUCCCCUCCCCAAAAUAAAUCAGCGAUGGGCUGGGUGGCAGCACCGGCCGAGGGGCGGGCGUGCGAUGUUUCAGGGCGAUUCAAAGCCAGAAAACGUGUCAGCAGAGCUCCGUCGUCGUUGCUGAUGAUCGGUGCUCUCGGGACGAUAAUCAAAUGUUUCAAUGCACUUCAAGAGAAGCAGACACUCGGUUCUUUUAGAGGGGGGAUGGGCGCUGCAGUGUGACUGUGUGUCUGCUGGUUUCUGAGGACUCAUCACCAGUGAAAUGUCAUGAAAUAUCAUCCACUGAUGUAUCAGGAGGAACAGAUUCAGUAAAGGUCUCUGACUGCAGGGUCGAGUCUUGAUGUGACAGGUCUCCUCUCGUUACACUGACUGAAAGUGGACGCUUUAGUCCCGGGCUGGACCUGCCUGAACUGUUCUCCACUGCAGAGCAGUACAUGCACACACAGAUGUUUGCUCAGGUGCUGCUGGAGUGGAAUAAAAUCCAAACGUAGAGCUCUGAAUUCUUCUUAAGCACCUUUUCUAUUAUUUAAAUCAAAGUCUUUACUUUGCGUCACUCGGAUCUGUGGCAGCGUUGAAGAUGAACUGUCCGGGCCGGUGUUGUGUAAAAAGGGGUCUGAGGGAGAAAAUGUAGAAAACUUUAUUCUUGAGCAAUAAAAUAUGAAAAAAGCAACUAAAAAAAAAAAUUAAUUUUUAACUUGUUAAUAGCUGACGGCAGACUAAUGAUUGCUUCCAGCUUCACUGAAGCCUGGAGACUCAUUACUCAGUAACUUCUCGUGCUACUUCGCCGCCUCCUCUCAGCAACGUCGCUGGUUAAGUAGCCGGCAAGACGAUGUCAGAAGAAAAACCUCUGAGAAUUAGUUUAGGGAGUCAGUUAAUUUUCAAUUCAGUGGGUUCAUCUAAAAAUCCAAUUAUUAAAAAGAAAAAAAAAAGUGUUGACCCAUAAAUUUAUUUAAUGGAAUUAAUAAAUGUAACAAGUCAAAAAGCUCCGACGACCUAUCACCAUGAAAUAAACCAACAUUUUAAUCUUAAUGUGAGGUCCCAUCGCCUCCCUGCAGUAACAGACGAUAUCAGUCAUAUAGGACUUAACGUGAUGCUGCUUAACGCAGAUUUUAAAGACUCGUUUGGUCCCGUUGAGCCGUUCUGACUGUAAAAUGUUUGCUUUGGGUUUUCUCUGUUGAUCUUCGAGUUUUGUGUGUCUCUCGUUUGCAGACAAACAUGUCUGUGUCGCAUAUUCGUCUUGUCUCUUUAGAUUUUUGAGCUCUACACAUAUUUAAAAAGCGUGUUCAUGUCUUCAGUCAAAGAAAUGUGCCAUCGUCGUUCACGGUGUCACGCUGCUGCGUCAGCUGCCGCCUCACCGUGCGCCUGUUUGACGCUUUUCAUGUGGCGUGCCGAACGAGAAACAAAAAAAAUAAGAUGUGCUGAAACCGACUGCUGCCACUGAUACCUUUUUAAUUGGUGAGGUGAAUGUGACAAACUUUAACAACAACCAAGCACAGAAAACUGUGAUAUUGAAAAAAGAAAUGAGCGCACAGUGCAAAAGUACUGAAGUUGUGAUUUUUUUAAAAAUGCAGAGUUCAUUCAGCGUCACGCUGCUGUUUCUACCUGAAAGUUCUGAUGCUGUCACAUUUUGAGGCAAUGCAGAUGGACUGUUGAGACAGAUCUGAGGGGAAACGUCCGAGCUGACACCAGAAAGAAGUCGUUUAUCGAGCAGAGAUUACAAAAACACAGCUUCGAUGGAAAAUCUGCUGCUGCUCUGUAACUCUUAAUAUCUCUUUGGAUUGUUUGUCUCUGGCUGUAAUGGUCGUAGACAUUGUUCACAAACUCCAGACGUUAAUAGACUCAUUUAAUCAUGGAUGUAAUUGUUAGCUGCAGCACUGGUUGACAGAUAUAUUGUGUUGCAGAAUUAUCACAGUGGAGCUGUAAAAACUCAACGUUUCGCUCCUCGUUAACGCAGGAGACUAUUUACAACGAAUGACCACAAAUGAAUCGACCAGCUGCCAUAUUCAUAAACUGCUGUUCUGUAGCUGUGGUCAGGAAAUCUCUUCAUCUCUUAAAGUGGCUCCUGUCUGAUGCUCGAUAAGUCGUCCUCACUCAUCAAUAACCGCACCAUUAGCAGCUCUUUUCCAUUCGCGUCGCCUCAAAGAGAAACAACUUUUCUGUGAACGUCUUUCCAUCUUUGGCAGAUUUAAAGUUUGUGGCCAGUAUUUCUGAUCAUUGCACUGUCGUCGUCGCCUCGUUGUUUCAGUAUUUCAUUUGUGCCAUCUGCUGAACGUGCAGCACGCUCGAGCACUGCAGGUUUUUUUUACAGUUUACAGUUAAAAUCCCAAAACGCGGGAUUCUUCCAGCGAUGAAAUGAAGCCAAUCAAAGGGAUUGUUUUGGAACUCAUAUUUCCAUAAGUCAGUUUCUCUCAGUUCACUCUUCUCUCUUCUUCACUUUAGCUAUCACAUCGAAAUGCAGACACGCAGCACAGUUUGACUUUGUUGGUGUUGUACAGAAUUAAACCGAUUGUCAUUAUUCUCUGAGACGCCAUCAGCGUCAAAGUUAUCAGGGAAGAAAUAAAGAAUAUUCAUAAAAAUGUG